ACCAAAAUAUUGUUGGGACAACGAAGUUCUCUACUGCCAGACAGGACACUCAUGUCUGGGUGUAACAGAGAUCCUCCAGGUGACCCCUAUGUCAGCUGCAAUAGCAAGUUCGUUGCUGAAGGAAAGUCACUGGAGUGUGUCUGCGAGGCUCGUUUUCCUGACAGUCGACCUGAUGACUUCUCACUGACAUGGCCGCCAUACUCCGACAACAACACGAUGAAAGUGAUGAAAGUAACACGUCAUGAUCACAGUAAGGUCUUCACCUGUCUAAUGACAUGGUGUGGACAUCAGAGGACCACAAACUACACACUGCUCGUGGCCUAUGGCCCAGAAAGCGUGCACACAAUGAUAUAUGGUCCCAAAUCAUUCCUCACUGAUGGGACAUCGAGUCUUAAUUUAACCUGCCUGGCGACUGAGGUGUACCCUGCUCCACGAUAUACCUGGGAGGAUCGCACGUGUCAGAAUAAUGACUCUGACCAAGGGACAUGUGAAGUGAAGCCAACACCACCAGGUGAUGAUGGACGACAAGUUGAGUGCACAGCGAGAAGCAGUGCAGGUGAUUACAAUGUGGCUAGAGCAAGGUACAGGUUAGACCUCACAUAUCCACCACCACAACCACCUUACAUUAACAUCAACAAUCAGACAGUAGGAGACGGCGAUGUCAUUCACUGCAUUGUGUCGGGAGGAAAGCCGUUAGUGACGUCAGUCAUCUUCACCUGUUUGACUGACCCCCCACACCAGGAUCAGCCAGACAUCAGGACACCAUCAUCAGUGUUCAGUUCCUUGGUGAUUGACAGUGCUAAGGUCAAAGAGAAUAUUACUGAGUGUGUCUGUCAUGCUGUCUGGACCCCGAAAGAAGAAUGGUAUUCAAACAGUACAUCUGUCUUCCUCUUCAUUCAAACACAGGAAAAAGAUGAUUCAUCUUUCCAAGCGAUUAUUUUUGGAGCAUCUGGAGGAUGUGGUGCUCUGUUUAUUGUCCUCAUCAUUAUCAUCAUUGUCCUCGCCAGAAGUAAGACCCGCAGGAAAGGUGAACAAGAGUUUUAUUAUAAUUUCCCUCACUACCAUAUUUAAAUUAAAUUAGUCAAAUUUUGUAUUUAUUACAUACCUUCAACAGUUCCACACUCGAAAAGGUAUAUGCUGGCUGUACAUGUCAAUAGUCAGGUACACAUCGAUAAACAACAACACAGAUGACAACAACAAUAUAAUCUUAUGCCGCGUUUCUCCGCGAGUAGAAUUAUUAUCUCGGCCGCUUUCCAUUUAGUUCUUACAACAAAAGAAACAUCAGGCAAUUUCGCUGCCCUGUAAUGUCUCAACUGAGAAUGAUGUUGUAUCCUUAUGAAUGAAUUAAGUUAUGUUUGUUUGAAAUUAUGAGUUAUUUCUUUUUUAUAAUUAAUAAUAAAUGUGUUUAAUUACCUCAUUACUACCAAUGUUGAAAUAAAAUUCAUGUUUUUUAUCAACUCACCUCUUGCUUUUGCUGAUAUGUGUAACCUUUUCUUCAGGCUGCAUUGGUAGACCAAUGUUCCAUGAUUUAUUAUGUAAGCUGGCGAUUCUUUAUUUAGUUUGGGUACAUUUGCUGAUAAUCAAAUAAUGUUAAAACUGGAGACCAGAAAGUAUUAGACACUUUGCCAGCUAACCCUUCCUCCAUUACUAUUUGUUUUCCAGGUGAGUAAAAUCAGGUUAAUCUCAUAAACUUACAAAAAUGAGAAGCUGAUGCUGCCUCUUCUGGUUGCUACCGAUUAUUAGGAUAUCCCUCCAAGACCUUUCCAGUAUGACUGUAGUUGAAUUAACUAUAUUUGAUUUAUUGUUAAAUUAUUUGAUUUUAUUGCUUAAAAAGCAUGAGAUGUAAGGGGUGUUGUGUUAAUGAUCAGCAGGAACAUUUGUGAUGCCUAGAAGGUGCUGCCAGACUACCUCCAUUCCCCAACGACCCGCUUAAAUAAAUAGUCUGUCGAAAAUGGACGAUAGAAAUAUUUUACUUAUUUUUGGAUUUAUAUGUCUAAUGGUCAGGCUGCUUUCCUUAGGAGUUCGACUGCUUUGAACAUUAACUAGUGGAUGCAAAAACUGUUUUAAAGUUUCAGAAUGGUGAGUUCAAAAACCGUUUAGGUAAGUUAAAAAUAUGCCUUUCGCUUACUCUAACCCUGACUUUAGCGCCUUCUGGUGGCUGUAUUUAAAAUAUUUUUUAAUUAAUUUGUUUACUUGUACUCUUCAACUAUUUUAGCUACGUGAUAAUAAUUUUUAUUAAUUGGUUCAAACUUGGAACGCAUCUAAGAAUAAGCUGCAGUAAACAUGUAAGAAUGCAUUAACAUAUAUCCACUCAGAAUGGUUAGUUGGGUGGAUGAUCACACUCUACAAAAGAAAACAUAAACCAUUAGUUCUUUCUUGCGAAACGAUUGGCAAAGAAAAAUGGGUUUGUUUAGUAAAUGUUGUGAAGAGAAAGAGAUAAAUGUCCAGACAGAAUAGUUAAACACGUAGCAGGUUUACUAAAAUAAUUUCCUUAUACAGGAUUUCGUCUGAUUGCUGAGAUUCUUCAUCCGUUUUCCCAAUUAAUUACACGAGAAACAUUCUUCAUGUUUGGGAGAAACAGUAUCGCCGCUACAAUGAAGUACUUCGCUACAUGAGUUCAAGUGGACAUUCUGGUGAUUUCUGUGUGAUUUGACUUAAGGAAAUUGCCAUCUACCAUUAGUUAUAAAGUGUAGUAACUCUUUAUGUUACUGAUAAUCUUAUUUUAAACCCAGCACCGCCGUCUUUUUAAGUGAAUAGGAAAAGGGUUACUAAAAUCAUUGGAUUCCACUUUUCUCUUCCAAGCUCAUUUUUUUUUUUAUCUCAAUAAAACUUUUUCAUGAUUAUGUUCUUGGUCUCUAUAGUAAUUCUACAUUAUGUUGGUUGUGUGUUCGCACAAGGACGAGAGUUGGUGUUUGGCAAGUGUGUAUUGUCUGCUAUGUGAUAAUGAUAGUGUGCUAUUACUAUAAUAUUUUAUCACAUUAGAGGGUCGGUCAUCUUUCCGCUGUGGAUCACCUGGCAUGUCGUGAG